CCGGACCCCAUCAUUCAUCAACACCCCAUCCCCCAACCCCAUUCCCCAAAGCAAUGGCGACCGCAGGCUCAGCCCCAUCAAAACCCGAAAUCCUCUCACUCCUUCGCUCUCUCCUCCGAACCGCCGCCAAAUUCACCGAUUACAACAUCAGAGAGUACGCGAAACGAAGGUCCAUCGCCGCCUUUCGAGACAACCGGAAUCUCUCCGACCCUUCCUCGAUCGCCGCCGCCUUCGCCGACGGAAAAUCUCAACUGGAGGUCGCCAAGAGGCAGGCCACGGUCUAUUCUCUCUACGCUCCCAACGUCAAGAGCAUCAUGGAGAUUAGAACGACUAGGUAAAGGUGUUUUCUUUUUAUCAAUUUGAUGAUUUUGAUGUCGGCUAUGAAAUACCCAUGUGGAGACAUGCGAGUGUUUUGGGUGAGACUAGAGUUAUUCUCCUGGGACGCUUAGUGUUUGUUAAUAUUGCCCAGUGAAUUAUCGAACAUUGUGCGCUUGAGAUUGUUAUGAAAUGUUUGCGUCCUUAGUUUAUUGUUUUUAUGUACUCUCUGUUUGUUAGUAUCAGUACUACCCUGUGACUUAUUAGUUUACUAUCUUUGUGCUCUCAAGGUGAAGAGCAUGACUGUAAUCAUGAAUUUGGUGGUUUU